GGUCACUGCAGUGAAUCCUCCCUUUAGCCACGAGAAGAGAAAUGUGUUUCCCUCUGGGUCUAUCUGUCGUCUGUCUUUCUUUGCUCAAGACUGUGUGACUGCGCUUUCACGGCAGACAUGGGUUGGUCAAAGGAUGCACAGAAAAACAAGAAGAAGAUCAUUAUUGGCGCCUUGGCAGUGUCGAUCGUGAUCUUGAUCCUGGGUUUGGGACUUGGAUUAGGACUGGAAUUGCAGAGAUGCCAAAACAAAGUCACUCCCCACACAUCCUGCAGGGACAGAUGCUACGAGCCCUACGACGACGAGAUCCUCGGCUGCAGAUGUGACAGCAGCUGUAAUGCCACCGACUGUUGCUACGACUACCAGGACAUCUGCACCGUUCCUACCCAGCAGUGGGAAUGCACGAGGCUGCGAUGUGGCGAGAAGAGGCUGAAUCAGAGCAAAUGUCACUGCUCUGAUGACUGUUUGUCUGCAGGGGACUGUUGCACCAAUUAUAAACAUGUCUGCCACGGGGAGACUGAGUGGGUGUAUGAUAAAUGUGAGGACCUGUCAGCCCCUUCAUGUCCUGCUGGCUUUAAGUCUCAGCCACUGCUGCUCGUCUCUUUGGAUGGUCUGAGGGCCGACUACCUGCAGAAGUGGGGCACUCUAAUCCCUGUUCUGGACAAACUCAGGGCGUGUGGAACUUCGGCUCCAUACAUGCAGGCAGCUUUUCCCAGCAAGACGUUCCCGAAUCAUUACACCAUUGUUACGGGUCUCUAUCCUGAGUCUAAUGGCUUGGUUGACAACUCUAUGUAUGACCCGGUGCUUGAUGCCAGCUUCAGUCUCUCCAAUUCAGAGAAAGAAAAUCCUGCUUGGUACCUUGGACAACCCAUUUGGCACACAGUAAAGUAUCAGGGACUGAAGUCUGGGACCUUCUUCUGGCCGGGAUCAGAGGUUAAAAUCAACGGAAGCUACCCUGAUAUCUACCGACCUUACAACGGCAAAGUGCCAUUUGAGGAACGAGUCUUCACCGUUCUGAAGUGGCUGCAGCUGCCUGAUGAUGAAAGACCAGAUUUCUACACGUUGUAUCUGGAGGAACCGGAUAAAUCUGGACACAGUUAUGGUCCAGUCAGCGGAGGGCUCAUAGCAGGGCUCCAGGGAGUGGAUAGGAUUGUCCGUCAGCUGAUGAAUGGCCUCAAGCAGAUUGGACUGCACCGCUGCGUCAACAUCCUGAUAGUGGCUGAUCACGGUAUGGAGGAGAUGAGCUGCAACAGGAAGGAGGUACUGCAAGAGCUGGUUGGAGAUACCAGCAGCUACUUUGUAACUGAGGGUCCGUUCGGGCGAAUCCGAGCCCGGAACAAAGACACCGCCAUUGACUCAGCUGGACUCGUUGCUAAUAUGACUUGUAAGAAGCCAGACCAGAAAAUCAGGCCGUAUCUGAAGGCUCACCUACCAAAGCGCCUCCACUUUGCCAACAGUCGUCGCAUCGAAGAUGUUAACGUUCUGGUCGAACCUAAAUGGCUGUUUGAGAGGAAUCCAGGAUCUCUUACAUUCUGCUCUGGGGGGAAUCACGGCUACGACAACGAUGCUGAGAGCAUGCAGGCCAUGUUUGUCGGUUAUGGCCCAAAAUUUCUGCACCAAACAGAAAUUGAACCCUUUGGCAACGUUGAGCUAUACAACCUCAUGUGUGAUGUGCUAGAGAUCUCCCCCACUGACAACAAUGGGACCCACGGCAGCAUGAAUCACGUCCUGAGGAAGCCUCACCACAUACCGACGCAUCCUGCAGAGCAAAGUGGGCCGGCUGAGUGUCCACUGGAGAGCCUGAACCCUGAAGAUCCCCUGGGAUGUUCCUGUAUCGACCUGGCAGGAAAUGCCAGCAACAGCCGUCUGAAUCUGACUGCAGAAGAAGAAUCUGCUGCAGAGAAGAAGCACCUGCUGUUCGGCCGUCCUCGCAUGCUGCAGCCCGACCAGAAAUACUGCAUCCUCCACCAAGAGGGAUUCAUCAGUGCCUACAGCAGCUCUGCCCUGAUGCCUCUGUGGAGCUCAUUCACCAUGGACAGGCCGAGUAACUUGGACCCGUUGCCGCCUGUACUGGCCGACUGUUUGAGGGCAGAUGUGAGGCUUCCAGCAUCUCAGAGCCAAAGGUGUGAUGACUACAGCCGCACUGGAAACCUCAUCCAGGCCUUCCUGUAUCCACCCAACCUGAAUACAACAGCGGACCAGCAGUUUGAUGCGUUACUGCUGAGCAAUGUCGUGCCGAUGUACUCUGAGUUCAAGAAAAUCUGGGACUACUUUCACAACACUUUGCUUCAGAAAUAUGCAUCUAUUUACAAUGGCAUAAAUGUGGUGAUGGGCCCAGUCUUUGAUUAUAACUACGACGGCCAGUAUGACACUCCAGCACAAAUCCAACAAUUUGUGCCCGGAACAAACAUCUCUAUCCCAACACAUUACUUUGUGGUGUUAACGAGCUGUAGGGACUCAAACCAGCCAGUGAGCGCUUGUGUCGGAGAGCUGCAGACCGUUUCCUUCCUGCUGCCCCAUCGAGCUGACAAUUCAGAGAGCUGCAAAAGUACAGAAGCCGAAUCUCAGUGGGUUGAAGAUCUCAUGUGGUUUCACCAGUCACGUGUCAGGGAUGUUGAGUGGAUCACGGGUCUGGACUUUUACCAGGGCAGCACUCGACCAAUCCCAGAGCUGCUGAGGAUGAAGACCCGCCCCACAGCUGCCAUUCACAGAAGUCAAUAAAAUAUUUCCCCAACCAACCUAAAAUUAUAGUAAUUUUUUAAUCAGUGUUUUUUUUUUUGUAUUGAAGAAGUUGAUUAAUGUAAAUGUAAUUAAACUUUUGAUAAAAUGCUAAAUAUAAUAUAUAUUUUUAGAUAGUAUUCUCCUGCAUAUUGCACAAAGAAUUAUAACGUUGCCCACUCCAAGAAGUGUUGCUAUUUAAUGUAUUUUUCAUGGUUUUGAUGAGCGCAAAUCAAAUUCAACAGAGAUGAUAAGUGAUGUAUUAUUUUUUCACUGUGGUGAACUGGCUGUUGAAGGUUCCCUCAUGUUGAAGCUGUAAAAGGAGAAACAAUAGACCUUUUCUCAUAACAAGUCAACCCAAAUUGUGCCAGCAAAACACCCUUUAAAGUACAACAGAGCCACCAGAUCACAUCACUAUAGUGGUCAAGGGUUGGUGUUUUCCUUUAAUUUGUCAGACAUCUGUAGCUGAAUGGAUUGUUGCAGUAAGCAUCAGUAGCAAAAUAUAGAUACUUCCAGAUAACUGCCUUGUUCUGCCAUGUUCCUUCCAGUUUUGCCUAUACGGAGACCUCUUUCCAAAGUGCCAGCAGAAAAGUUGUUUCAGCAUUUGUCAGCCAUGUGAACCAUUAAAGCACACUGCCAGUCA